AAAAAGUGUAUACUGCUUUAUCAAUGACUCAUUGACUCUUUUUUUUUUUUUUAAAUCCACUCUACGAAUAUUAAGACAGGGCCUACGCUAGGUGGAAUUGGCACGAAUAAAAUGUUUGGUGUGAUUGUGAAUGUUAAUAUUUUUGUAUGCCACUUCUGAAUAUGAAUAAAAUACAUAUUGAGUGUGCAAAUAAGAGAAAAGUACUUUGACUAACGCCUAAAAAUAUAAUUGUCGCGUUUAAGAUCUCCACCUACCACAUCGGUCCUUGCAGCCCGUGCGGUGCAAGCUGGGAAAUGAAGUUUUCCAAGUGACUUAGCGACAGUUGCUAACAACUCAAAUAGUCGAGAGAAAUUCUACUGAGAGAAGGCUCCGGAUUAUCACGUUUUUUAAACAGAGUGCAGUAUAAACAUGUCCAGAGGAAGAGCAACCAAAAGUGCCCAUUCACACAGUAGUGAUGUAGAUGUUGAUGGUACAGAAUUAGAGAACGCCAAACUGCUGAGACAGUACCGGAUCAUGGAUGCAGACCGGCAGGCCUACAGCAUUCAGGCCCAGCAGCAAAUGCGCAAGCAACAGCAGGAGAUAGAGAAGCUGAGCGCUGAGCAGGAGGAGAUGCGACGUAAGCUCGGUGCUUGUAAGAGCUUGUCCCGUCAAAAGGAAGACAAAAAGGACGCAGAGAGCCUUCAAGUGCUGCUGGAGCAGAGACACCGCCUGGAGGAGGAGCUGGAGAAGGAAAGGCAGCAUCAGAAAGAGCUGCAGGAAGAGAUCUCAAACAUGGAGGUGAAGCUGAAAGAGCUGAGAAAAGGGAACGCCAGUACUAGUGACACCCAAAGGUCAGCGCACAGGCGGAAUCAGGAGGCCGUAGGCACACUGGAGAACAAACUGCAAAGAGCCUUAACCCAAUUCGGUGAGCAGCUGAGCAAGAACGGCCAUAUCCGGGAGGAGCUGCAGACUCUUCAUAUUGAGCGCAUUCGUUUCCAGCAGCUACACGACAGGUUGGUCCAGGAGCUCCAAGAUGUCAGGAAGAAGAUUGGUGAAGUAAUCACUCUGUCAACUACAGCCCACGAUGCAAGGGUGGAGGCUCAGUCAAAAUUGGCGAUGAUGCGAGAGAAAGCGGAGAAGGACCUCACCCAGUACAACACAGAGAUGAGGGAGCUGGAGAGGGUCAUUUCACAUGAGUGCAGCCUCAAAGACUUCAUCACCAUCAAAUACAGCGAGAAGACGGGCCAGGAAGGGACAGAGCCUGGUCAGAGACAUACUGGAUUUGGGACGAUGCGGUGUUCUGAUCUGAAAGAAAGUCUGCCUAUCUCUCUCACUAGUCAUGUAUUAUCAUUUACAUUUUCUUUUUUGCACCAACUAGUGUCAAAUUUGAGGGAGUUUGAGAAGAAAGACUCGAGUGAGGAGUCGCCGGACAAUUUAGAGGCGUUUUUCCAGAGGAUUCAGUCUGUGACGGGAGAGGAAGACCCAGAAUUGCUGGUCAGCAGGUUCAUCCAAGCUGAAGACCGUAACUUUGCACUCUUCAAUUUUGUAAAUGAGCAAAACAAUGAAGCUGAGGUGUUGCAGAAUCAAAUCAGCCAGAUCCAGAAAGAGAUGGAGCACUUUAAAGUGAGAGGUUUGCGACAGGAGGAGCGCCAUCGCGCUUCGCUGAGAGACGUCAGUGCACGGCAGAAGGACGCCGAAUUGCAAACUGAGGAUUUUGAAACCCGUGCCGCCAUCAUAAGCAAAGUCCUGGAGGAGGUUAAAAUAGGAGUGACCAGCAUUGUCUCGAAUGUGGAGUGUGACAUGGAGGACUCCAUCAGUGACAAUAACAUAAUGCCCUUCUUGAGUGUGGUGGAGCAGAAGACCAACCAGCUACUCAGCAUACAAGCUUUCCUUGAUAAAAAGCAAAGUGGCAAGGACUACAAUCCAUCCGAUCUGCCCAAAUUCAUUUUUGGCGAAAACACAGAGAUAUUCCCGGAAAAUAUUAUCUUCCAACCUUCAGUCCAGAGUGUCAGCUAUGACAUGGACGAAUUGCUUGUCGCGGAUGAGGAAGAGCGGCCUCUCUCGCAGGGAGAACUCCGCAGAAGAAUAUUGGAAGGGAUUAUGCAAAGAGAGAAAAGACUUAAAGUUGGCAACAAAAACAAAAUGAGCCCAUGUGUUCUGGAGGAAACAGCAAUGGCACAGAUACCUUUAUGAGUGGUAGAUCCAUAUGCAAGGUCUAAUAAGGAUGUCUUUUUAAAUUUAAAAACACUACUCACAAAAAGUUAGGGAUAGUCGACUUACAGGUGAAAUUUCAGGAUGACCCUGAAAUGCACUACAGCCCUUUCAGAGGAACUUAAUUUGACCUUCUCUAAAUAUUUGAAUGCACAUGUCCAGAUGGUCAAUGUUUCAGUAUUUUUUGCACAACUUGUUGUUCUCCAAUAAGUAAAGGCAAAAUUCACUACGGGUGUUUGAUCCAUGAAUGGAACAAUACAUUUCCUGGAUAUUUUCAUACAUCAAACACCUGUGGUGAAUUUUGCUGUUCAGCAAGCUGUGCGAAAUGUACCGAAAAGUGCAUUCAAAAGUAUUGAGAGGGUUACAUUAAGUUAACAUGUAACGGUUAUAGUGUAUUUUAGUUUUAAUCUGGAAUUUCACCCGAAAGUCCAAUAAUGCUAACUUUUUGUUAGUAGUGUGUAUGAAGAAUAAUUUUUCGUCUCAUUUUUCUUUGAUGACGUUCUUUGUAAAUGUCCAUUCUAAUCUUGGUUGCAAUUUGUUUAUUUGGAUCUAAUUAGUUUUAGAGCCAUAAAGAGGCCCUGCAGUAACCAGCUGUGCUUUUUAACACGUUAACGGCCAUCUGGCUUUGGAUCACAUUGUGAAAGUGCACUGUUUCACUGUGUGACACUGGCUGCUAUGCUCCAACACAAAGGUUGGGGGCAGCAAAAAGCUUUUGUCAUUCUAAUUGACAUGCAGAGAUUUGGAUUUUGGUGUUCGCAACAUGAUGUGAUGAUUUUGCAACCUGCAAUGCUUUGGAAGUUCUUUAGCUUUGGUUUUAUUUACUUAAUGUCACUAAUCAAACUUAAAAUAAACAAAAUGUUAAAAAAAAUAAAAUAAAAAUACACAAUUCUAACCACCAGGUAAUCGGUCGAUUGAAAGCAGCUGCAUUGGGGUGUGCUUGUUUUGCUCAACUUCAUAGCUAUGAACAUAGAAUCUCCACUGUGAGCACUUAAUUUGACCACUUUGUUGUUGGUAGAUAAACAUAUUACUUUACUGCCUCGACCUUGCUUUGUAUGUAAAUCUGUAUUUGUUAACGAAAGGAUCUGUUUUGAUUUAGCUGAAGUUAGCUUGAAAAGUUUGAAAAUGUGUUUUCUUAAUUUAGCAAAAGCUGCUGCCCUUCCCCUGAAGCCACUGAGCCAAACAAUAGUUUUUAAAAAAGAAAGUAAGAAAGAAAAUAUUAGUUUACCUUUAACAUACGUGAAGAUUAACAGGUUUUGAAAAUAGACAUUUUCCUUUAUUUUCAUCAAGCUGCUGCUGAGGCUGUGCCUCACAGUUUGAAAAACCUUGCUUGAGAAACAUGCUUAUGUACAGAAUGUUCACUAACUAUCGUGAAUGUUUUUGUGCAUUGUAGAAUACAUUUGUGAGUCAAUACACUGUUUAUAUGUCUAACCUCAGUAUGAGAAGAUCUCUAUUUUGGUAAUUUACUGUACAGCCAUUUGAAUUGUCAUCUUAUCUAAACAGCGGUUUCCUGACAAACUCAAGACUGUGAUUAAUUUUAGGGUGUUAUAUUUGUACCACCGGCCCUGCGAAACAAUUCACAAAGCAUGUUACUAUAUUUGGGAUUUAAAGGUCAUGGAGAGUCCUGAAGUGUUUGGAUAACGACAUUUGAAAGGGGUUCAAGAAAAACAAUCAAAAUGUGCUUGAAGUGUUGACUCUCAGCUUUAAUCGUCACUUUUAAUGACUGGAGGAAAAAUGUGUUUAUAACUGUGUGGACCUCUAAGAAAAAAAAACGUGAAGUUGGAUGUGAAAGACACAUACACGCAUACGCUUUGUUUUCACGUGCACACCAUUAUCCAACAACAGUAACAGCACACAUAUAAUUUCAGUAGUAGUGCUGCUCCUUCUGGUGUGUGCGCCUUAGACACCUGGGGCCAUCUAAUACAGACAUGGAAACACCAAGAAGAGUUUCACAACUGACUCACUAAGCUGCAGUAAAAGUCAUUUUUCACAAAGGAUAAAGAAUACAUGCUUGUGAGUACUAGAGUCUGUCCGCAUGUGGUGUUUCACCAUUUGUUUUAAAAAAAUAAUAAUAAUUUGUUGCUUAACAGGUUAUAACAGCAUGACGACAAUACUAUUCGUUAGCCCGACUUGGGCGUUUUGCAAUGGUUGUUAUUAAGCUAAACGGACUUGAUUAAGGCAAAGCUACUGUAUGUGGUUGUUUUAAAUUCACAACUUGGAAUUCGCUAUUUUUUUUAUGUUGAGUAAUGUUUGACAGUAACCUUCAACUGGGAGUGGCAAUAAAGAGUUUGAAGCCUC